AUGGUACGAGAGAAGCAAGUUAUGGUACCAGAAAACGUAGGAAAUCAGGUUACGGUAUCAAGAGCUGAGAAUAUGGUACUGAAUGGUACCAAUGAUGUGGUGCUAAAAAAAGGAAAAGAUAUGAUUGCGGGAAUAGACGAAAACGAAGAUAUGAAAGAAUUUGAUGAAGUGAUGGUAUCAACUGGUAGUAAUGUGGCAACAACUGAUGAUGGUAUGUUAUCAGUAGACGAGAAUAUGAUAACUGCAAAAGAUACGAUAUCAAUUGAAAAGGCUAGAGGGUCAACAGAAGAAAUUAUGGCAUCAAAUGAUUGUGGUAUUGAAGAGGAAGACGAACCUAUGAUAUCAGGAAAUAAUAGUGAUGUGACACCAAUUGAUGUGAUUAUGAUAUCAACAGAAGAAGAUGUGAUAUCAGUGGAUGAGGCUGUAGGAUCAAUGGAAGGAAAUGCGGAACAAAAUGAAUGUAAAAACAAAAAUAGAGUGAUGAUAGCAAUGGAUAUCGGUGGGAUACUAACAGACGAAGGAGUAUUCAUAGAUGAGCCUAUGUUAGUGGAUGAGCCUAUACAAUCAGUGGACAAAGUUAUGUCACCAAAAGAGAAAGCUAUGGAAGUAGAAGAUCAAAUUAUGACACCGAAAGAUGAUGGAAUGAUGUUAACGGAUGAAUCUUUAGAAUCAGUGGACAAACUUAUGUCACCAAAAGAGAAAGCUAUGGAAGUAGAAGAUCAAAUUAUGACACCGAAAGAUGAUGGAAUGAUGUUAACGGAUGAAUCUUUGGAAUCAGUGGACAAAGUUAUGUCACCAAAAGAGAAAGUUAUGGAAGUGGACGAUCAGCAAGUUGUGAUUCCAAAUGACGAUACGAUGGAAAUAAAAAAUGACGAAUCAAUGGGUUCAAUAGGCGCAGAUAUGAUGGCAUCAACAGAUGAACCGAUGACAUCAGCUGAUGAAAAUGAACAAAAUGUUCAUGCCAAUAGCUGGAUCAAAAAAUGA